AACAUGCAUAUAUAAAUCCACAGACAUACCAAUACCUCCGAAGAACCAGGGCAGUCUGGAUCACGUGCGCGACGAUCCCCCGGCUCCACCACUUCCAGCUUUCCCGGACUUGCAAGUUGAUCCUCCACUCAAUCCCACCGACCUCCAACUCCCUCGCUGCACCACCUACCACAACAAUGACAUUACCCCCUACAAUCCAGGGCUCGAUGCCCUGGCGCACCUGCGGACAAUGCAUCCGCCGCACAACCCUCCGACCGACCCCGACCCGCUUCCUCAGCACCACCCGGCACCUCCGCUCCCCGGCCGCCGGCGCCGCAAAGGCCAACCCCCUGCGCGCCGCGGGGAGCAACCCCGGACCCAUGCGCGAGCAGCAGUUCACGCAGUACCGGCGCUCGAUGACGCUGUCGGCGGCGGGCAUCGCCGCCUGCGCGGUGGCCAUGUUUGGCGUGAUCCAGCUGGAUCUGUUCGGGGUGGCACCGUUGGAGCAAUCGAGUGAGGGCGAGGCGAAACAACCACAGACACAGGCGCAGACCGGGAAUAGUGGCGCCAUGAAGAUGGACGGACCGGAUGGAUUCACGGGCAGCCCGUCGGUGAUCCGCAUCCAGGGCCAGGACGGCGUGGAGCAGGUGGAAACGGGGACGAGCUCGGUGCCGCAGUUCCCCACGACGAUCAAGCUGCCGAAGACGCUGGACACGCGGGCGCUGAGCCCCGGCGACGAGGUGCCCGCGGGGGCGGGCGUCGAGGAGGAGACGUAUCAGCUGCUGGGGCUGGGGAUCCGGACGGUGUCGUUCCUGCGCAUCCAGGUGUACGUGGUGGGGAUGUACGUGGCGCAGUCGGACUUGCCGGAGCUGCAGCAGCGGCUGGUGCGCACGGCCGUGAAGCCGCCGGGCGAGCCGCAGGUCAUCGACGCCCCCGGCGCCACGUCCGCCACGUCGCUGGUCUCGACGGAGCGGCAGCAGCUGCGGGAGUUGCUGCUGGAUCCGGAGCGCGGCGACGCGGCGUGGGAUGCCAUCCUGAAGACGGACGGGCUGCGCACGGCCUUCCGCAUCGUGCCCACGCGGAACACCGACUUCAUGCAUAUGCGCGAUGCCUGGGUGCGUGGGGUCACGGGUCGGGCGCAGCAGGCGACCGCGAAGGCGCGUGAAGCCCAGAAGCAGCAGCAGCAGCAGCAGCAGCAGCAGCAGAAGGCGCUGCCGCCGAGCGAGUUCGACGACGAGGCGUUUGGCGUGGCGGUGAACGAGUUCAAGAAGGUGUUUGGCGGCGGGCAACGCAAGAACGUGCCCAAGGGCCAGACGCUGCUUCUGGUGCGCAACGCGCAGGGCCAGCUGGAUGCACUGUUCCAGGCGGAGGCAAGGAAGCCGGCGCAGUUCAUGGGCCGGGUGCAGGACGAGCGCAUCAGCCGGCUGGUGUGGUUGAACUACCUGGCCGGGAAGAACGUGUCGAGCGAGGGAGCGCGCCAGAGCGUGGUGGACGGUGUGAUGGGCAUUGUGGAACGGCCGGUUGGCACGGUGGUGCAGAAGGUGGUCUGAGGAUAUUCAAGAUAUUAUAUGCAGUUGGAUUGUGUACGAAUAUAAGAUUGUACUUUACUCUCUAUGCAGAUGCAGGCAUACAGUUCUUUCC